AUGCACUGUGAGAAGACAAAAUUGCGGGUUGCACUAUAUAAUUUGUUGCUUUUGCACCAUGCAAUAGGCUUUUUUGAAGGUCGCUCGCAUCCCGACUUCUCUUACAAGUCGCAGAAAUCACAGUUAGACUUUUUGGACUAGUAUUCCAUUUUCUUAUCACCCUAUUCUCCUAUUCUACUUCCCCCUCUACCCCAUUCCCCUCACAGCCCUCCUCCAUCUCAUCGAUGACCUGUCCUGAAACUCUUAACCAGUUGAGGGCGAUCGUAAACGGCUUUGAAGUGAGCUUGUUCAUUUGGCGAUCUUCCUCCUUUCUCUUCCCAUUUUUUUCAGUGUUGGUCACUAAUUUUGCGCGUGCGAAAAAACUUGCCUCCGGGCUUAAUUCGCCUCCUCCGCAUUCGGAGGGCGAUGCUUCGGACGACGAUGUAAUCGUCGCUCUUCAAAGUCAUUCGAGACUCCCCUCCGCUGGAUGGGCUAAUUCAGCGGCGUUGGUCGAGCAAGACGAGGAGACGCGCCAUCGUUCCGUCAUCAAAGGGCGACGGCGGCGGGAUUGCGAACAGUUUGCUGGCGUUGGUCCGCUAUUUGACGGUGUAGUAAAACAGCCGGACUAA